GCAGCCGCAGAGCGCAUGAAAGCCCUGAGGAGACUCGAUGCCAAGGAGCACAGAGGAAAGACUCCCCUGCUGGUGGCUGUCACUGCCAGGCACGCAGCCAUCGUCCACGACCUCAUCCAGGCAGGAGCAGAUGUCAACGCCGUGGACAACAAGGGGCAGUCAGCUUUACACCUUGCUGCAACGUAUGGCUACACCCAAGUCCUCCAGGUUAUUCUGUCACUGGGUUUCCCUCUGGAUCUGGAAAUGAAGGAUUUUGAAGGCCAUACCCCUCUCCACUGUGCUGUCCUGGCCCACAACACCCUGCUGAGGGACCAGAGCAGGCAGGCGGUGUCAGAGGAGCAGCACAGGGAGCUCCAGCAGCAGAGCAGGGAGCUGGAAUCCUGCAUCCAUCUCCUGGUGCAGACUGGAGCCUCCAUCUACAGCCGGGAUGUGAAAAGCAACAAGACAGUUCUUCAUUACACAGUCCAGGAUGGGAACGUCUCCCUGCUCAGGUACUUCCUGCAGCUGAAUGCUUUCAUGUCCAAGGAUUUUGUCAACAGCAAGGCCCAUGGCAACACAGCCCUGCACAUGGCAGCUGCUCUGCCUGGGGACAAGAACCAGAAGGAAAUCAUCCAGCUGCUCCUGGAGCACGGGGCAGACCCCAGCAUCAGGAAUUUGGACAAUGACCAGCCAAUCCACAUGGCCCCUCCUGGAAAAGCUGGGGAGCAGGUCAGGAAUUUGCUGAAGAAAGGGAAAGUCACACCUGCAUUCAACUCCUGCCACAGAAAUGCCAGAUCCUGA